AUGCACUACCUGCCACAGCUGUUUGUGGCGCUGGCGCUAUGCGCUCUGCUAUCGCCGCCAGAGGUGUUCGGUCAGCGUAACGGUGGCAACUACCGCUUGGGUCUGCGCUCGGGCAGCCGCGGCGAUCAGGCUGUGCCCGAGGGCCGCUUCACCUCGUCCGUGUUGAACAAGCUGAGCUCCUUGAAGGGCAGCUCAACCACCACCACAGAGGCCUACACCACCAUCACAUUGCCAUCACCAACAUCGCCCACCACCUCGGACCUGGACCUAAUCCAAACAACGCCGCCAACAACAACCUCGCCCCCACCGACAACGCCGACGCCGCCAACGCCAACGGCGGCAUACCGUGCCUUCGGCGACGGCCCCGCCGAGGCGGCCGACGAUGAGGAGGAGAGCAAUGCACGCGCCUACAACGACGACCUCGACGAUGACGAGGAUGAGGACAGCAGCGUCGUCAACGACGACGAUGAGGAGGGCGAUGACGAUGAUGAGGACGGUGACUUCUAUAUGCUGGCCGCCGCAGCCAGUGCCGUGGAUAAGCCAACAGGCGGUGCUGCUGUGGCCGUCGCCGAUGGCCUGCCCGCCUAUGUGCGCCGACCCUCGGAGCAGCAGUGGCGCCAGUACCAGCUGGAGCAGCGCAAUCGCCGGCGCGUGAAUCGCCUGCAGCGCGAGCACAAUCAGCGCAUUCGCGAGCUGGUCCGUCGCCAGCGUCUCUCGCAGCGCCGCCACAGCCAGCGCCUGCGCCGCAUCCAGCAGCAGAAUCGCCGUCGCGCCGCCAAGCGCCAACGUCGCAACAGGAACAAGACCAGGAGCCAGCGCCAGCGUCGCCGCCGCAACACUCUAGAGCAACGUCGCCGUCUACAGGCGCAGCGCCAGCGCCGUCGCCAGCGCAUGUCCCGUCGCCGUCUGCAGAUGCUGCUGCGCCGUCGUCGCGGUCGCGGUCGCAGCCUGAGACCCGUCGUUGUCUAAGCUCCACCAUACGAAUCCUCACGCACCUGACCGAAUCCCUGUAACGAGCAAACGCAAUGGCCGCCCAAGUGCG